UCCCUUCCCCAAGGCAGCCAGUCCCAGCACAACUCCCUUGCCACCUUCCCAGGUCAAUACUCCCCACUCGGCAUUCACAGACCACAGCCAGAACAUCCCCACUUCGGCACACUCGGAUCUUCUAUGCACUUGCAUCCGAAGAAGUGGGGAUUCACCCACGAAAGCUCAUGCUGCAAAACGUCUGUUAGUCUAUAAGGUGCCACAGGAUUCUUUGCUGCUUCUUCGGAUCAACCGUUUCCCCUCCGCCCGGGAGCCAGGCCCCAGAGGUUGGCGACCCCCUCGGCCAACACUUAGCUGGACUAGCUUCAGUGUGGCAGCCCGUCCGUGUGAAUCAGGGCCCAGGCUGUGUGCACACAGCAGGCCUGGGCACGGCUCUGUUUGCUCACUGCCUGGCUGUGCGCAGGGCGGACACAAGGCAACCAGCUGUACGGGAAGGGAAAGUGAAAGCAGCCGGUCACUGCUCCCUGCUCUAGGCCCACGGCUAGGGAGCAGCCAGGCAGCUGGAGCCCCUCCUGGCCGGGGCUAUGGGGGUGCGAGUCGGGCUCCUCUCUCUGCUUCUCGGGGGCGUCUGCGCCCAGCUGGAGGUGAUGGUGGACUCCCCGGUGACGGCUCAGCUGGGCUCCCAGGCUCUCCUCCCAUGCACCUUCACCGUGGCGGACGACCCCAUCAGCCCAGAGUACCUGGCUGUGCACUGGUAUUUCCAGGGCCAGGAGCUGGUGUCGUACGAUGACUCCCUCAGCGUCUCCCGGCCGGGAGUGUCCAUGGACACGGAGCAGCUCGCCAGUGGCAACGCCUCUCUGGUUCUGCACAAUGUGACUGUGUCGGAGCAGGGAGCCUACCGGUGCCUGGUCAUCCACAGCCCGGACAGAGGGGAGCAGAGCCUGCACCUGGCAGUGCUGGCCGUGCCCACCGUUGCUGUCCCCAGUAAAGCGGUGCUGAGGGGGGAGCCGAACUUGCUGAAAUGCUCCGUGUCCGGCUUCCAUCCGGCCGACAUCGCAGUGACCUGGCUGAGGGCUGGGGAGGUCCUGCCGGCGUCCCCGCUCCCCGCGCCCCAGAGGAACCCAGACGGCACCUUCAACGUCAGCAGCUCUCUGACCUUCCAGCCCACGGAGCAGGACCAGGGCGUCACCUUCUCCUGCCAGGUCCAGCACGCCGCUCUGCCGCGUGGCGCUCUGCAGACAGACUUCCAGCUCGUGUUCGGAGUCUCCCCUGUGGUGAACAUUCACGCCCCCACGUUUGUGCAAGGCAAGGCCCAGGUGUUAACGUGUGACGUGAAGGGGUUUUACCCAGAAGCCAUCGCUGUUAACUGGCUCCUCAAUGGCGUCCGGACAGAAGCCCCCCGCGUGAACCCCAAUGGCACCUUCAACCUGGAGUCUUUCUACCAGUUCAAGCCUGCGGCAGAGUCGGAGGGUGCUGAGAUCAGCUGCGAGGUGCAGCAUGAGACGCUGAGCCGGCCCAUCGUCCGGAGCGUGCGGGUGCACCUGGAGCGUGAGGGGACUCAGGUCAGCGUCAUAGUCCUGGUGGUGUCAGUGCUGGUCUCAGCGCUGGCGGUGGCUGGAGUCGCGUUCUGCCUGUACCAGAGAAGCAGAGCCGCCCACCAGACGUUCACCGCCAGUGACAUCGUGGGGCCUAAAGUCUGGGUCCCCGGGGAGUACGUUUCCCUCGUGUGCAUUGGCUACCACUGCCCGGCGGGCACGGAGGCCAGGUGGGCAGAGUGCCAAAAUGAAGAGCUAACGCCCAUCGCCGGGGGUGACCCAGCUGGGAGCGACGGGGAGCAGCAGCCGCUUGUUCCCAUCAACGCUCUGUACAAAGUCCAGACGCAGAUGCUGCCCUUGGACAAAGGCUCAGCCACUCUGGCCACGACGCUCAUGUUUCGUGUCAGGAGCCCGGAGGACCUGGGAGCCCGGUACCAGUGCUGCUUCAUCAGCAAGGACGGGAGAACGCUGAGCACCAAGGAGUUCGGAGACUACACCCUGCGCCCCUCCGCUCAGACUCAAGGACCGGCUGUGGACUCGGCAGCAGCCCGGCCUGCAGAGGAAUAGCGGGAACGGCCACCGGCCUGUGGGGUCCCAGACAGUACGAAGCACCUGGACAGUACUGAACGGAGCGCCCCGAACCCAGGGCUUCCCGCUGUCGGUGUCGCACAGCAGAGCGGGGGAGGGACAGCACGCUAACCCCGGAGCCCAAGCCCCCCUUCCCUUCACACACAAAUCAGUCUGACAUGGGUCAGCAGCACUCAGGGCCCGGGUCCCAGGACCCUGCCAGGGGGGUGGGUCAGAGCUUGAGUCCUGCUGUGACUCAGGUCCAAGCCCAUCAUUGUGCAGUCUGGACGCAGCUCAAGCCGCAGCCCCGAGUCAGGAGGGCUGCACGGCGCAGUACGGACGUGUUAGCCUGGCCGUGAGACCUGGGGCCGGCAACUUGUGAACUCAGGUUUACAAUGCAGCGUAUAUGCUCCAGCAUGGGCUUGGAAACACCAAAUCCACAAGCCCACUGUGAGUGCCUCAGUUUCCCUCAGACAUUGCAUUGGUACUGGUUCGGGGCGGAGGAUUAUGGUUGCUCUCAGGGCCGGCUGAGAGCCACAGGAGUGUGUGUGUCGCCCAGCUGUCUGAGCAGACUGAAUGGCUCAUGGCCAGCUCAAUGGAGAACUGAGAAGACAACGGAAAGCCCAGUCACCAGCACACUGACACCUGGAUGGAUUUCCCACUCCCCAGCAGGGAAGCUGGGCAGAGACCCCAGCUCGAGGACAAAGGGCUGGGAGGUGGGGGAGAAAGGGCUGGUUUCUGGAUGGAGCCUGGUCUCUCUCACCUGGGAACUGAGGAAGUCAGAGAGACAGAGCCUGAAAAUGGAGUUUUACUCCUGAGGGAAUUCAGCGCCGAACAAUUAAAAAUUCUGUGCACAGAGGUGGGAGAUCACUGUGCAGCUCCCCCCACCCCGGGACACGGACUCUGUGGUGAGGCUGCACCCAACCCUGCACAACACAAGGGCUGGGCCUGCCUCUCCGCUCCAGGUGUGGGCGGGCGGGCUCAGCCCAGCGGGAUGCGAGUGUGCAGGUGGGAUGUUAUCUGAUUAGAAUAUGACCAUGUAGAUCAUUGCUGCUACCACUGUUAUAUAUUGGAACAAGCCUUGUACAAAGUAUUUCAGGUAAGGUGUCUAUGGAGAGGCCAUGGUUUGCUGCAUGUGAUUAUGGUAUUUCUAUGCAUGUGU